UCCGACCGAGAGGGAGAGGAGAGGAUGGCGUCUGCCGGUGAUACAGGAACGAUGGCUAUGAAUCCCGAUCUUGCCAAAGAACGUCGAAAUGCCAGGUUCCACGUGGAGGAUCUGACCAAUUUCAUAUACCACGGACCGGAGAGAGUGAAGAGGAAGCGUUAUAUACAGAACAUUGCCCUACAGGAGCCCGUGGUGAAGAAUAGUAAGCCCUCAGCAUUUAGAACUCGAGAGGAAGAAUAUGAACUCUCGCUUACUAAACAGCUCCAUGUCCUCAGGCGCCAGAAAGAGCUUGGUAUUACUGAUGAAGUUGACAAGUUUUACUAUAAUGAAGCUACAUCUCCUAAUGAGAAUAACCCUCUUGGCCUUCACUUCGGCAUGUUCAUUCCGACUAUUGAGAAGCAUGGCACUGAGGAACAGAAAAAAAAAUUUCUCCAGCCAGCAAAGGACCUGAAAAUCUGGGGAACCUAUGUACAGACGGAACUUGGACAUGGAACAUUUAUCAGAGGUCUAGAGACAACAGCGACCUUUGACCCCAAAACCCAGGAGUUUGUCAUGAACACACCUACUCUUUCAUCAACCAAGUACUGGCCAGGAAAUUUGGGAAAGACUGUCAACUACUGUAUCAUUAUGGCGCAGCUGUAUACCCAGGGGAAAUGCCACGGGAUACACAUGUUCUUGUGUCCCCUCAGGGACCUCAGCACCCACCAGUCACUCCCAGGAGUGGAAUUAGGAGAUAUUGGACCAAAGUUUGGAUACAGUGGAAAUGACAAUGGUUACCUCCGUCUGAAUAACUUCAGAAUCCCGUACGACCACAUGUUGAUGAGAUAUUCAAAGGUACUGAAAGAUGGGACUUACUUGAAACCAGAAAACACCAAGCUGUCUUACGGAUCUAUGGUAAUGAUACGGGCAGGCAUUGUUGGUUCUGUAUCUCGGGCACUGGCUCAGGCCUGUGUCAUCGCUAUCAGAUAUAGUGCUGUUCGAAGACAGACAGAGGUCUCGCCAGGAGGUCCUGAGGCCCAGAUCAUAGAUUACCAGACCCAACAGUACAAGUUAUUCCCCCUGUUGGCUACAGCGUACGCCUUCUACUUCGCUGGACAGGCAGUGCAGAGCAGUUUCUUACGGAUCUCCAAGGAGAUAGAAGCUGGAAAUCUUCAACAGAUGCCCGUGUUACAUGCUCUGUCAGCUGGCUUGAAAGCGUUCAGUUCCUGGGGAUGUUCAGCAGGAGUUGAAGUGUGCCGUAUGUCAUGUGGUGGUCAUGGUUAUUCGUUGGCCAGUGGGCUUCCGAAGAUCUACACAAAUAUUGUCCCUGCCUGCACUUAUGAGGGCGAGAACUCUGUCAUGAUGCUUCAGACUGCCAGAUAUCUGUUUAAGUGUGCGUUGAGGGUGCAAAAGGGAGAAAAACUUCCUGACCUUGUCUCCUACCUCAGUAUGGACUUGUCAAAAAAGUCAUGCAUGACAUCUGAUGUCGCACUUGGCUGCCUGGUCGAGGCAUAUCAACACAGGGCUGCAAGACUGACCAAAGUGGCCACAGCAGCCGUACAAAGAUACAUGAACGACGGCAAAAGUCCUACAGCGGCAUUUAAUAUGGCGUCCACUCAAAUGACUUGGGCAGCCAAGGCACACUGCCACCAAUAUGUCGUCAAGGUAUUUGUAAACACAGUUACCGAGGCCAAGAUUCAAGACAACACAAAGGCCGCACUGACCACUCUGUGUAAACUGUAUGCUGUUAAUGGGAUCAUGGAAAACCUGGGUGAAUUUUUGCAGGAUCAAUUUUUUAACUCUGAUCAGGUCAAUAUCCUCACCAGUAAACUUAUGACACUUUUGUCUGAUGUACGACCAGAUGCUGUGGCUUUAGUUGAUGCAUUUGACUACCAUGACAGCGUCCUUGAAUCUUGCCUGGGACGAUAUGACGGAAAUGUGUAUUAUGCCCUCUAUCAGUAUGCUAAGUCAUCACCACUGAAUGAAAAAGAUGUGCUUGACUCAUUCCACAAAUAUAUCAAGCCGAUGAGAGAUGAACAGGCAAGUUCACCCCUCUCAGCAAAACUGUAAGCCUUUUUAGGACAGAAGAUUUAAAUAAUUUGCGUGUUUACAACCAGGGAAGUAACCCUGUCAAAAAUGACUGAAAGACCAAGGAAGGUAACUUAAGGGAGGUAACUCUUAACAACACGACUGAAAGGACAAGGGAGGUAACUCCUAAAACACGACUGAAAGGACAAGUAUCUAACAAGAGGGAAACGUUACAAAUUUGUGUACGAUUCUAAGGACAAGUGAACUAACCCUUCCCAAUGACAAAUAUAAAAAAAACUAAACUAUUCCUAAUACAAAAAAUUGCAUUAAUAGUAUUUGCCUAAUAUGGAAAUAGAAUGAUGUGAAGUUUUUUUUUGAGGUGGGAGUAAAUUUUGAAGAUUUCAGUUUUAUAGUUUAUUAACUGCUGAAUUAACCUCAUUUUAUGAGGAAGAAGUAGUGAUCAAUAAGAUAAGGGAGGUAAUUUAUUUCAACUACAAUAUAUGCAGAUGAAGUAAUAAUAUUUAUCGCAUAUUAUCAAGCUCUUCUGGUAGAGCUUGGGAGCCUAUCUUAGCAGUUUGAUACAACUCCCUUCCUCUGGGUUGUGAGGCAGAAUUGGUUGUGGAACUGCAAAACAUACAAUUAUCAAAAGGUGCUAGUAUCUUGUGUGUCUUGUAUACAAUACCUAGUUAACUUAUACACUUUUUCAUGAUCUUGUUAAUUUUGUACAACUGAAGGUAAACAAAUGUUCAGUUGAUGUAAAUUAUUGAACAAAUCAGCUUAUAAUAUAAUUCUGAAUGAGAAGAGAAAUUAAUGUGAGAGAAAUUAAUUGUGAUUUGCCAAUAAUAAAACAAAUCAGUGCAUCAGCCAGAAAGAUAUUUUCAAACUCAAGAUUUGCCUUAGUAUACUUGUUUGUAAUGAGACCUCAGGCUGAGCUCAAACAUGCACUUAAUUAAAGGGACAUCACGGUAAACCCAUUUUUAUUUUUUAUUUUUUCAUAUUAUUGGGUAUAUCUUUAAAAAAAAUAACCCUAUGAAAAAUAACCAUUCGAAUGAUGAUGAUAUAUGUACAUAAAAAAUCCAUCAAUUAUUAAUUAUAAAAAGGUUAUCACAAUUCGUUGAUCAAUAGUCUGGAUAUGUUAAUUUUGUGACAUACACGAUAAAACGCAUGCGCACAGCAAACUAAAACACCUGAAAACAAAAAUGGCUUCCAAUGUGAAUUGACUAUAGUAUAUGUACAGUGUUUACACUUAUCUACACAUAAAUAUUUGUGCCGGAAUAUAUACAGAAUGUGUUAUUUAACAUUUAAAUCACUGUAUAAUAUCGUUAUCCAACUAACCCAGAUGGAGUAUUUCGACUUUUAAACUUGAACAUGCCUCAAUUUCGAAACAGUCACAUGAUGAUUUAAAAAUGAUUUCUGCGCGAAAAUCUAAAUCGAGUGGUCAAGCUGGACAUAGGGAUUGACUGUGAAUAUUGGGAUAGCACAGAAACAACUUGAAAGGAACAAAACACGUACAUGUACAUUCAAUGAAAAUAACAACGUUUUUACCGUGGUGUCCUUUUAAUCGAUAUUAAAGUUAAUAAACUUGAGGCGAAAUUGAUGGUGUUAAUUUUACUUUUUGCAAUUCCCUCAUAAAGCAUUAUCUUUUGCAAUUCUGUAUUUUUGUGUAAUUUGUUUAUAUUUUAUAUGGUUGUAUAUAACAAAUGUCAUUUCUGGUAAUUUGCCUGCUGAUGUCUAAUGCAGUUCAGUAAAGGCACCAGUAGUGCUAUUUCAUUAUCUGUUAAUAAGCCAACCACCUACUCUGGGUUGAAGUUGAUAUGUUGACCCCAGUGUUUGUUAUGAAUAAAUGCAGUACUUCUUAACUGACUUGAGGUCACAAAGCUUACCCUAAAAGGUACAAAACAUCUAGAGAAUGUGUUGAUUUUUUAUACUUAUAAUUUUUGUAUGAAUAUAUAUUAAAAAAAAUGAAUGUAUAGACUGUGAUAUAUGAACAGCUUGGCUGUGAAAUCUACUGUUAUAUUUUAUUAUUAGAGGAAUAUAUGGCAUAAGAUUUGUACUGUAAAACCUUAUUUUGUGAAUUUGUAAUAUAGAAAAAAUAUCACAUCCAAACUAGAGCACUUUAGUGAAAACAUUUUAAUAAGAUACAUCUCUAUAUUCUGAAAUAAAUACCAAUUAAUUGUGCUGCAAUAAACCAUUUCACUGCUUUGAGGCAAAGUUUGAUUCCAGGGCUUAAUACAGGAAAUCUAUGAUAGGAAAAUAUCUGUGAUGGGAAAUAUUUGCACAAGAAAAAAAAUUGGUAUGAUACUUUUUAAUUGAGAUUGGACUUGUAAAGAAUGUUGAAAUACUUGAGUUGUAUUAAACAGAUCCUCAAGAUCCUCAAACUUCUGUUUUAUACUAAAUAUAUUGUAUGUACAAUCAGAUUGAUCAUAUGUUAUACAGCAUUUGAAACCUCAUUUAUCCCCUACACAAAUAUUGCUCAUCACUCUAGAAAAGUAAUUAUAUAGGGAGGAAUAUUGAAAGGUUUCCCAUUAAAUAUCACAUAUAUUUAACAAGUGUGAUAUAAUGUAUUGAAUUAUGAUUCUAUCAAGUUCAUAAUUUGUGAUAUUUCACUGGUAAAAAUGUAAUUAAGUCUUUUUUUUAUAGUAAUGAUGCAUAUUUUCCUUUCUAGAAUAUUAUCAUCAAAAUAUUUCUGACAUUGAAAAAUCCACAAUAAUGCAUGCUCUAAUAUAUUUAUGUUGUUUUUAUUUAAAUUAAAAAGACCCUGAUUGAUGUUUUCCAAUAAACAAUUCCAAUAUCAAAAAAUCACUUUUAUUAGAAAUGAAACAGCAUAUUAAUAUAUUGUGUCUAUCUAUUUGUCAGAUCGUUUCAAAUGAACAAAAAGGUUUUCACGGGGCGAUACAAUCAUUUAAAGAAACAAAACUUUACAAUUAAAAAUUAUUCAAUUAGGAAAACAUGCUCGAUAUCUCUAAGGAAAAAAACACGAUGGCUGAAAUGUGCACUCAUGUAGUUUUAGGGUGACUAAUGAAGAUGUAGAGAGCUGUCUAUUUACUGUUUAAAUGUGCAUUAUAUUUUUAUGUCAUCAUCAUAAUAAAGUUAUUUAAAUCGGAAACAUAAUACAAUGUUAUAUGUUA